AUGAAGAGGAAUGAUAUUAGAAGGAAGAAGCUACCUUAUGUAGAGGAGACUAGGAGACUCUGCUCUGGCAAUUUGUCUUGUCGGUGCAUCUAUAACUAUUACCCUGGUAUGACUUUCACUGUCCUUAUCCAUCAUAUGGGAUUUUUUGAUUAUAAGCUGCCACACCUGCAUUACAGAGUGGGACAUGUUAAUGUGCAUUCUAGGAUUGAUCUUGACACCUGGAACUUCUUUGGGUGUCAGAAUCUUGUGAAUGAUUUGGGCUACACUGUAGGAAAGUUCAAGUUGUGGUGGAGGAAAGAAGAUGAUGUUGAGAAUCACAAAAUUAGGCCAUUGUUGAAUGAUGAGCAUGCCAUGCAGCUUGGGUCAUAUGCUGAGCAUAAGAAGCAGAAUGUGGAUGUGUUUGUGGAGCAUGAUUAUGAAGAACUUCCCUUUAGUGUGCUUUGCACGCCAAUAACAGUGAUCAAACCACCUUGCAACCCUCCAUUCAAGAAUCCUAGCCCAUCAAUGCCCGCUCAACCCAAGAAUGCCCCUCCAAAGCUUCCUCAAAUCAAAGGCUGUCAACCAAAGCCCUUCGAGCCUCCAUCCAAGAAUCCUGACCCAUCCAAACCAGGACCAGCAAAAACUGCUCAACCCAAAUGUGGCCCAACAAAGCCUCCUCAAACCAAAUAUGGCCCAACAAAUAACUCUAAACCCUUUUCAGUAAAAGAAAAAAAAAAACAUAUUCUUAUUAUUAUCUGGUGUUAUUGGCAAUGUAAUGGAUUGAAGAAGAAGAAGAAGAAGGUGCAGCUUCUUCUUACGAUGAGUUGCGCAGUAGCAACUCUUGUUGUUCCAUCUUCACCUCCAAGUUCCCUUCUAUCUUUGAAUUCUGCUGAUUUUGUGGAAGUGGAAAAUGGGGUGAAGCCCAUUCAAGAUGUGUAUAAAUGGCGUCUGGUUUUGGCUUAUGAGGGUACCCGAUACGCAGGGUGGCAAUAUCAGAUGUCUCCCCCAACUGUACAAUGCGUUGUGGAAAGAGCUUUAACUCGAGCAACAAAGCUUCAAAGGAAGGAUCUCUGUUUGGUUGGUGCAAGCAGGACUGAUGCUGGAGUCCAUGCCUGGGGUCAGGUUGCACAUUUUGUUACUCCAUUUAACUAUGACAAGUUAGAAGAUAUUCAUGCAGCUUUGAAUGGUCUUCUUCCUUCCGAUAUCCGAGUCAGAGAAAUCAGCCCUGUUCCAGAAGAAUUCCAUGCUCGGUUUUCGGCCAAAAGUAAGAUUUACCAUUACAAGAUAUACAAUGAUACCAUCAUGGACCCAUUCCAGCGCCAUUUUGCUUACCAUAGUCCGUAUAAACUCAAUAGUGCUGUUAUGAGAGAAGCUGCACAAUAUUAUGUUGGGAAGCAUAAUUUCUCUGCUUUUGCAAACGCAUCCCACAAUGAUGGGGUACCGGAUCCAGUGAAGCAUAUUUUCCGAUUUGAUGUGAAAGAAAUGGGAGCUCUUUUGCAGCUAGAAGUUGAAGGUUCAGGUUUCUUAUAUCGACAAGUCCGAAACAUGGCGGCUUUGUUGGUUCAAAUUGGCAAGGAAGCUCUCCCUCCUGAUAUUAUUCAACAUAUUUUGGCGAGUCGUGAUCGCAAGGAACUUGCAAAAUACGCCUUGUUUGCUCCACCUCAUGGCCUUUGUCUUGUUUCUAUCAACUAUAAUGAAAGUCACCUAUUGCCUCCACCAGGUUGCCCAGCAAACAGUUUUGGUAGGCAUCAUACAAUAAGAAAGUGCAAGGUUCCAUUCUAUUGAUAAUGCUAGGCAACAGAACAAAGGUCUAAAUAUCUUAGGACUGAUUUUUUUGACAUUUUUAUUUAAUUUUUGUGCUUCAUGAUUCUUAAUCUGUAAAUUGAUGGAGCCUAAAAUAGUGAUUUAGCUUGUAGAGUUGUUUCAAAGAUGAAAUUGUGUUGAAGUUCUCUCUGUUUAAUCCAAAAAAGCAGUUUGAUGAUGACUA